AUGGUGAAGCCAAAGGACGGAAGAGUGGCCCCGAGUCAUCGGGAGUGGUUGCGAGAGCUUGCUGACUGUGACAAGGUCAUCUCGGAUGAGGAAGCUGAGGCGUUUGGUCGAAUUCCGGGUGAAGGGAGAGUGGAGAGUGAGGAUGAGGCCGACGAGGAGCUCGAGGCCGAACGCACGCGGUUGAAUAACAUUCUCGGACUCCCAGCUGACACCUAUUCUCUUACCAAAAUCAAAAUAACUCUGCCCGAGUCGGCGAAUUAUGGGGUCAAGUCCGGGAUUAUUCAUAUGAAUAUGAAGAUCUUUUCGCCGUUUUCGAGAGGUCUUCAAGGCGGUGCGAUAGCAAUCGCAGCAUUCGCAACGACGAGCCUGCAGAAGCCCCGCCUGUGGAACGAAUCCGUGAUCGAUCAGAUAAUUGAGGACGGUGAUACAUACUUCUGCGAUUCCUACAGAGAUAUAAAGACCGCCAAUCGCCGGACACUGACUGUUCUCCAGCUCAAGAAGUCCUUAGUCAUCCAACGGAGCCACAACGCCCUGGUAACCAUCGAUGAUGCAGCAUACACCGGGACCUUUCGCUCGGUGAAACCCACCGAGAUGCACCUGGUCAAGGCUCUCGAGCUCUUCUUCAAGAGUUAUGACUCUGGAGUGCUCGUUUCACCGGUCCUGAGCAUCUCCAUUUGGAGGGAUGGGAGGAGUUUCAAUGUUUUUGACGGUCAACCGCGGGAUAAGAAUCUGAUACCGGAUGACCAGGGCUCUGCUAAAUUGAUCACUCUUCAGAAUCUGAAUGGAGUGUUUUUUGUGAUUCUGGAGAAGAGCAGUGUUAAGAAUGAAUACUUUGUUCUUUAUCCAAUCGGCGUCAGGGCGAUCAUGAGACUCACAGGAGACGAGGAUGAAGAUGUCAAAAAAUUCUUGGGACCCCCCCAAAGACGUCCAAGCGGUUACAUAAUCCAAGGAACCUUCCGAGCGCUCGUCCGAGGCUCCUUCCACCUGAAGCACCCCAGCAUCCCGCCAGACCUCCAAGGUCGCACUCACCUCAUCAUCGCAAUCGCGGCCCUGGUCUACUCCCGGUUGAUCCCCGCCGCCAAGUGGAGCACCCCCAUACUGGACCUCAUCAUCAACCAAUCCCACAUCUACUUCGUGGAUCUCGUCAGGGUACUCGAGAAAAAGUUUGACGACAGCUUCUCAUUAAACAUAGCAGACCUCCUCAGUGAUUUUUUCUUCGGCGUCUACGGAGCAAAAGUGAAAGUCUGGGAAAAUGUGGUCCCCGGUCAAGCGAAAAAGGGGAAAACAACGAUUGACUCGGGACUCCGUGAUUUCUUCAAGGUCAACGACUUGGGAAUUCUCGAGGUGAAGAGAAUGUUUUUCGCAGUGUGGAAGGACGGCGGGAAGUUCUACUUUCUGGACCCGUUCGGUUGUGAUGCGGAAGGGUUCAGGGUUGACCCGAGUGAUGCGGAGGAGCAGGUCAAGUACGAGACGGCAGCUGCUUGCGUAACAAUGAACAGUUCCAUCAACGAACUCAUGGAGGUGAUCCUGGAGAACACUGGGAACACCGAGAAGGAUCCGUUCUUCUUGCAUGGAGUCCAGGUGCUCUACGUGAAAACUCAAUCAUCUGUCGAUGCUCCAGGAGGGACUGUUGUCUUCCGGGAGAAGAAGACGAACCGAAGACCUCUUCCUCCCGCACCUCCUGAAAAACCAUCAGAUCACUGCGUGGUUAAGCCGGACAUGAUUCCCAGGGCGAGACCAGACGACGAGAAGAUAAGAAGCGUCGAGAGCCAGUUUCCAGAGCCCAUGACCAACGUAGAAGACUUCAUGAAGACGGACGAAGAAUUGAUCCUGAUACUGACGGGUGACAACGAAGACUUCAAGAACAUGAAGUUCUACAAUAUAGUGAACCCUCGAAGAAUUAUCCUCCAAGCAUCGAAGAACUGCUUGUCUGAGGAAUUUAGCGAGACCGCACGCGGCCGUCAGUGUUUGUCAAUCGCCCUGGCGGUCAUGGCGUUCGCCAAGAUCAAACCUCCCUCAAAAUGGAGGAGCACCGAUCUAGAUUAUCUACUCGCAGCUGGGGACAAAGCCCAUAACGAUCUAGUCAAUUGGAUCCAGAAGGGAAGUCCAAAGCUGAAGGAGGAGUCCGAGGAUGUUGAUGAUGAUGAAGAGGACGAGGAAGACGAAGAGGAGGAAGACGAGGAUGAAGAAGACGAAGAGGAAGAUAGAAAACCAUUGGGGAAAGCUCCAAGCCACAUAGACGUUUCGAUGCUUCCGCCGCGAAUUAAAUUCGGAGAUUACGACGUGAAGUUUUCCAGCAGAAUGUCGAUAUCUGAAGGGGACGCCGACCCCAUGGUGAACCUGGGUGAAGCCCUCGAUCGUUACUUCAUGAAAUACGACGAGCUGAUACUCGAGAACAAGCGAUUGAUAUACGCGAUCUGGAAGUCCAAUGGCAAUUACUUUAUCUUCAAUCCUUACGGGGGUGACGAGGAAGGCUGGAGACUGAGAGGACAUCCAGGGAGUCUCGUCGUGACCGAUUGUAUAAACGAGCUGGUCGACCUACUCCACGGGAUCCUCGAGUUCAACGACCGCAAGUUCUCCCUGCAUUUCGUUCAUAUCGAGUCAGUGGGUCCUGGGAAUAAAUACAAAUCCCCGGUUGAGAUAGAGCAGCCUCGGGAUGACGUGGAGAAGUAUCAGACUGUCUUUCUUCCUCUGACGGACGCGGACGUGGCCGCACUGAGACCAGAACCGAAGGAAUCCGCAGUGGAAGAUGAUGUUUCGGAAGAUGAAGAAGACGAAGAAGACGACGAGGAAGACGCGGAUGAAGACGAAGAGGAAGAUGAGAACGCCGACGAAGGUGACGAUGAAGGCGAGGAGGGUGAGGAAAAACUGGAAGAAGCCGUCGAGGAAGCGCCCUUGGUGGACCCCCUGAUGGAGGUUCCCGAGCAGGAUCGGCCAGACGCACCAGGACAGCUCAACCUCUUCCUUCUGACCACAAACGUAAAGCUAGAGGACGAAGAGAUUGAUCAGAAUGCGAAGGAGGCUCUGGAGUACGAACGCCUGAAGUACAAUCACCCACCGCCUUACGUUCUGCCCCCGAAGAGGAUCCUCGCGAUGCUCUUAGCCGCUAAGAAAGCCACCAAGUCCAUUCCCUCGCUCGUUUCCUGCUUCUCCAUAGAUUCCAGAUUAGCCGUCAAGACAGACCUACCACCUGUUGACGCUACCAACGUCCCAGUAAUUGAGUCUCCAUCAACCGAGAGUAAUUCAAAAUUAAUUAAACUCCCACCAAAGAAGUAUCUCUUCUCCAGAGUUCCGCCGAUUGGCUUUACGCCACUCAGGGCCAUCAAUGAAAAAUUCAUUCACGAUGAAAGAGUGGAUGAGAAAAUGGAGGAAGAGUGUCGGGGUAAAAAAUUAAAAGCGACAACGUCGGAGAGUUUCUACUUGACGGAGGUGCCUGAAGUGCCGGGGGGCGUGAGAAUUACCCCGUCAAUUAUUCCACUUGGACCGGUUAUAAUGACACCCACACCGAAAAUCAAAGUCAAGCCGUGUGUUGGUGGGGAGAAGCGGCAGUGUCGAUUAUCGGAGGUGGAGAGGCAGAAUUUGAAUUUGGAGAAAAUUGCUUGUUACACUGAGGAUAUCCUGUUCGAUAUGAUAUUUCCGAUGUUGAAGUUUAGUGAACGGACUGAAGGCGAAGAAUCUGAAGUAGAAACCGGAGAAUCCGAAGGAGGAAAGGAAAACACCAUAGACCUCCAAGAAAACCCCUCCGAGUUUUCCCCUCAACAAGAGCCUCAAGAAACUCCAGCCGAUGCUCCCCAAGAAGUUCAAAGAGUCCCGCAAACAAUUGGCCUCCAAUACGUCAACGAAUCCCUCUCCAUCCUCCGUGCGAACAGCCGUUUGGAGCCCCCCGAGACCCUCGAAGACCACCACCUGAACGUUUCCUACUUCGCAGCGAUCCUCUGCAUCCUCGCGAAGAUCAAAAUGGACGUCAACGACCUCCCUAACACCCUCUUGGACGAGAUCGUCCUCCUCUCCGAGAAGAUGCAGACGAAGACCGGAAGCCUACGCUACAAGCUCUCCCGCAUCUUCCGGAACAUCGAGUUCCUAGGAGUAAAAUUCAACGUGAUUUUGAAACAAACAGCUUACGCAGAUCCUGAGAACUUCGAAAACGACGAAUUAUCGACGAGACUUGAAGCCUACCUCACCAGCCACUCCACGGGGAUAUUGCUCUUCAGUACUGGAUCUUUCGCGUUUUGGUACGCGAACGGUAACUACUACCUGUUCGACCCUUACCCCUGCGACGAAGAUGGUCAGCGGGACAACACCGGCACCUGCUGUCUCCUAGAAUUCUCCUCAAUCGAGGAUAUGAUCACAAAAAUCCGCGAGAAUUCAGGAGUCUCUCCGAGCCAGCCGUACAGGAUCCACACCUUAUGCAUAACCCACAUGGAGGAGAUAAAACAGAAGAAAACGGCGAGACCCUCCCGUAAAAAAUGUAGAACCGAGGAACUCGCGGAGAGUCCAUUAGAAAUCGACGAGCCGGAGAUGUCGCCGUCAGUCAACCCGAGCGUUUCCUUAAUCGAAUUGAAGGAUUGGCUUUCUGAUCGUCACCCGAAGCCGCCUCCCUUCGACUCGACCUAUCAAACAUUCAGGGCGCUGAAUAAUUUCAACGCGUCAGCCCUGGAAGUUUCCGUUGUGGUGAACGACAUCACGCGUCCAAAUCUCCCGCCAUUCAAGACAACAAGAGUGUCAAGGUCGUCGGAGGAGCCACCGCGUAGGAAGCCGUUCGACAGAAAGUUCAACGAACACUCCAUCAUCCUCGAGCCGAUCGAUCUCUGCACAAUAGCGUGGGCCUGCAUCCGCGAUCCGACAGAGUGGGGAACAAGAACAAUCAGAGGCAUCUACGAAGCCAGUCAAGACCUGACGUUCGACAGUUUACUAGCAGCCGAAGACUCCACGGUGUCUGGCAUGAUUGACGGAUUGCUAACUGACUUCGACGUCGCCAACUAUCGAUUCCACGCGGUAUUCGCACCGAUCCACGUGGGGAGACUCUACGCGACGGAAGGGUGGAACCUGUCGAUGUCACUGAAGAAGAUAUUUGACACUCCGAUCUACUCUGGGGCCGUGGUCCUCUGCGGAAGGGCUCACAUUGGCGUCAUGAAGAGACAGGACCGGUUCUACGGAUGGUGGGGAGUUGCCGGGACGAAAAACCUGAGGAUCAUAACUUCGAACUCGUUCGAGGACUUCCUGAAGCUGUUGGUGAUGGAGAUUGAUGAGCCUGGGGAGGUGGAGUUCCAGAUGCGCGUCGUCACGAUUUCCUACGCCAAGAAGAUGGAUCCGGAUUGUGAUGACCUGAAGGGACUUCACGAGUCUGGAGUGACGUCGUCCCUUCCUCAAAUUUACCGGAGGGAUGGGGAACCUUAUGAUUUAGAAGAGAUGUUCAGGCCGACGGUGCUCUCGUCAGGGCCCCUCUUCAUCCCCGGGACGGUGGCGAUCGAUCACAGGGACUUGAUCAUAGAACCUGCGUUGAAACGCUGUUACUUUGUGGCUGUCAUCGUCCUCAUGGUGAAGCGGGACGUAAUGCAGAGUCCUAUGGCCUCCAUGAUCGACAAGAUCCUCCAGGUCGCUGAUAACUUAUACCGGGAAUUCGACACCCCGAAGUACCACAUCGAACACAUCCUUAGAAACAUCACCAUCAUGAACAGGAUCUUCGACUUCAGGGACGUAGCUUCAGGAUUGUUCACCUUCACCGAGAACCACGCGACCGGCCAGACCGAUUUUUACGCUCUAGUGAAGACAGAACUGAAGAGACACUUCAAGAAGCAUAAUGACGGAAUCCUGCACUUCACGAACUGCUGCUACGGCUUCUGGUAUUCCAGGGCAACAGGUUGCUACUACUACCUGGACCCUUACCCCUGUAACCCAAAAGGAAGAAGAGUGUCGCGUAACGGGAGUGCUUGCCUCUGCGUAUUCCCGAGCGUCUGCCAGAUGGUCAAGCAGAUGUUGUCCAACAGGUUCGAAGACACCACGGGUUUCUUCAUCCAUCGUCUUCACGUGGAGUCCAUCAAUGCAGUGCCAUCUCCGGAGUUCCAGGAGGACCCCAUGUGGGUGUAUUUGGACUACCACUGGAGCUCCCAUCACGCCGCGAAGCCCCUCUCCUCCCCCACGAAAAAGAAGAGGAAGAAAAGUAAGAAGAAUAGAGAAGACAUCUGCAAAGAGCAGACAGCUGAAGUCCCCGAGAAGACUUCCUGGAACAACUACACUAUCGAAGUUCCUCAGUUGAUCUACUCCCUCUGGGGAACUCUGGGAGCCUACGGCAGCCAUUUUGGGGAGCGCGCGGGAAGGAAUCAGGCCGCCAUUUGCAUCGCUGUUCUCGCCAUGCAGCACCUCUGCCACCCGUCUAGGUGGAGCUCCGGGAUUUUGGACUCGGCAGUCAACUGCGGGGACAGUUAUCACACAGACAGUCUGAAGAACGCAGCGCGGCGGGCGUCUAAGUACUCUAAUAUCUUUAAUCUUCAGCCCUGCUUCAAAGUCUUCCCGCAUAUCUGGAAGAUCGAGUUCCUUCCGUCGAUGUGUGGAACGCUGUAUGGAGGGAGGGGAAGACUGACCCUCGCCAGUGUUCUCAAACUAGCAUUCGGGGAGUCCAAGAACAUCGUGCUCAAGUGUGGGAAGAUAACACUGGGGUUAUUGUCCUCGGAGGAUGGGUUUUACGCUGCGGAUCCCUGCUGGACGGGUCCGCCAUUGUUUCUGAGCAACCGCGGCGCCAUCUACGUCCUCAGAUGCAGCAACUUCAAUACUCUGGUCUACGCGAUAGUGAAAAUGAUCAAUUCUAAUCAGAGGCUUGAGUUUUCCCUAACUCCGGUCAUCUUCGAGUUCAAACAGGAAGUUUGCCGGUCUUCAGACGAGAAGAGACAUGUCGAAAGGAGGAGAAUCGUGAUGGACGCCGUGGGCGUGAGGCCGGGGCUCGCUCACGGCCCGCUGCUUCCGGUCUGUGGCGCAACGACUGCUAAUGAUGAGGAUGAUUACGAGAAGUAUCGCAGGAAUAUUGAAGUCGGGAUUAAAUACGGGGAGAGGUUGGAGAACCCCGUGGCGCCCUCUCCGCUUCCUUGUUUGGAGAGAGACAACGCGCGGAAUGUCUUCAUCAGCUCGAGAUGGAAGAGGUAUAGGGGAGUUUCCAAGCCCAGAGUCCGCGGUUCUCCAGCGGUCGAUCCGAGGAUCGCGAAACAGUUGGUUUCGUCUUCGACCUCUGAAGAAUCCUUCGCGGAGAUUCUGGAAGCCUGCGAUCGUUAUCCGAAGACUCUUGACUUUGUCGCGGAUAAACACUUCGAGUCGUCGAUGAAGAGAUUGACGCGGAAGAGGAUAAGACCGGAGGCGCCGUUGACCAGACCCUUGGAUUGUCUGCCCCCGAGGGAAUUCAUCAUGAAGAGGAGUAAGAGGGAGUUUAAGAAGCGCACGGCAGAAAUGGCGGAUGAGGUCUUCAAGAUCUAUAAACAUCGGGUGAGGGAAGACGCAUCGGGGGCUAGUGGAGGGGAGACUGAAGGAGUCGAGGAGAGCGAUGGCGGGGAGGAGACUGAGGGAGAGGAUGGCGAGGCUGAGGAAACUGAUGCUACGGAGACUGAGGGAUAA